AUGGAGCUUGGAAUAUAUGUCGUCUGCUUCAUCUCCUGCGUCAGCGCCCGGAUGAACGUCUUGUUCCUGGUCGCCGAUGACCUGCGUCCAGAGCUGCCCAUGUACAAUGGCCGCUACCGUCCAUCUCAAGUCCAUCCACCAAUUCACGCCCCGAAUCUAGCAGGCCUCGCCAGUAAAAGCAUGGUCUUCAAGAGGGCAUAUACCCAGCAGGCUCUAUGCUCCCCGAGCCGCACCUCCCUGCUGACUGGGCGCCGUCCUGACACCACCCACGUGUAUGACUCUAACACCUACUUUAGAGACGCUGCCGGUAACUUCACGACCAUUCCCCAGUUCUUCAAGAACCACGGCUACCACAGCAUUGGAGCUGGUAAAAUAUUCCACCCGGGCAAGGCUUCAGGAGGAAAUGAUCCUGCCUCGUGGUCUGAGACAUAUUAUGAUGACUCUUAACCCAGUAAUUACGGGUCAAGUUGGGAAGCAGUACCGGAUAAUCUUUUGGACAGCCACAAUGCCCUGCAGGACACGAUGCUAGCCGACCACGCAGUGCAAGUCAUUAAGGACAUCACCCAAAAGGCAAAGAAUGGCGAGAAUUUCUUCCUGGCAGUUGGGUUCCACAAGCCCCAUUUGCCGUUCCAAUUCCCAGCUCGCUUUCUGGAUUAUUACUCAGAAGACUCAAUCCAUCUUCCACCCAACCCACAAGCUCCUGACGGCAUGCCUGAUAUUGCCUGGAGAUCAUAUAAUGAACUUAGGGGCUACGCUGACAUAGCCCGACUGAAUGCAUCCGGCAACCCAAACACGACCUUGCCUGACCAGGUGGUUAAACAACUGCGCAUAGCCUACUACAGCGCUGUUAGCUUCAUGGACUUUGAACUCGGGAGGGUUCUAGAUGAACUGGAGAAUCAGGGUCUAGCUGACAACACGAUAGUGUCAUUUUUUGGCGAUCAUGGCUGGCAGUUGGGAGAACACGGGGAAUGGUGCAAACAGACCAAUUUUGACAUCGCCACCCACUCGCCUCUUAUGAUCCGUGUCCCAGGGAUGACGGACCAUGGGAUGAGCACAACAAAGCUGACAGAGUUUGUAGACCUGUUCCCAACUCUAGUAGAAGCAGCAGGUCUUCCCACACUGCCUACGUGUCAAGUAGACUCGUCCUCAACUCAAGACUGCACAGAAGGAAGGAGUCUAGUUCCUCUGCUGCAGCACCCAAAUCUGCCCUCGUGGAAAACCGCAGCCCUCUCGCAGUACCCACGAGUGUAUAACAACACGUCAGCCAUGGGCUACACGAUCACCACGGCCAGGUAUCGCUACACUGAAUGGGUGACGUUCCUCAGCAAGCCCCACUACAUGCCUCAGUGGGACCAGCUUCAUGGAGUGGAGCUGUACGACCAUCUGGCUGAUCCUGAGGAGAAUCACAACCUCGCGCUCAAUGCUGCCCAACAAGGACUUCGCAGCCGGUUGAGGGGGCAACUACGUGCUGGAUGGAGAGCCGAGAUGACGGGUGGUCAUGGCAGACCCACCAUAGGUUGAACGGUAUUGUAUUAAAUCUGUUCAUUUGAGAAA